GUAAGGGUUUGUUUUGAGCAUGCGUUGAAAUGCCACAGUGCGCCUGUGUGUACGUCCGUGUGUUGAUAUAUAACAGGGAAAAAUCGUUUCAGUCGUCUCCUGCUCAUCAUAUGUAAGCCCGUGUAGUCAGAAGACUCAAUCCUGCCGAAGGUGUUUGAUCAGAGAAAGUCGUUGUUUCUGUAUUUACCCUCAGUAGGGCUGAAGUAGGACACUCAGUGUAGCUUCCAGGCACCACGACAGACAGAACACAAGGGGAAAUUACAGAACAGGAGGACACCGAUUUUUUCUUCCCUGAAAGUUUAACCCCUCCCACACAGAUGCUUACGGCCGACCUGAUUGGUGGGAGUGAUGUGUGAACUAGAUGAUCUGGCUGGACAAUCAGUGGAGCAUGAGUGUGUGCUGACAGGCAGAGCAGCAGUGUUUCUACCAGAGCGUGAGAGGGAGCGGAGGAGAGGAACAGAGGAAGAGGAGGAGGACGACAAGGCAGAGGAGCAAAGGGGAGGAAUGGGUGUUGGUAAAAACACCACAUCUAAAUCCAUGGACUCCACCGCAGAGCCUGGCAAAUAUGAAGAGGAGAACAAACACAGUGCACACUUCUAUCCCAUCCCUGUGGUUAACGGUGCCGUGCAAACCCCUGGUGAUCAAGACGCAGAGGACACACAGCUCAUGGCCAUUUACGCGAAAGACAGCCAGACUGAGGACAAGUGCUCCAUGUCAGAGACUGUGGACAGUGCAGACAGCAUAGAUACCAGGAGAAUGGACAUGAUAUACACCAUAGAGGACACACCACCUUGGUAUCUGUGUGUAUUCCUGGGUUUACAGCACUACCUUACCUGCUUCAGUGGAACUAUCGCUGUGCCCUUCCUGCUGGCUGAAGCCAUGUGUGUGGGUUUUGACCAGUGGGCCACCAGUCAGCUCAUUGGCACCAUUUUCUUUUGCGUGGGCAUCACCACCCUGCUGCAGACCACCCUUGGCUGCCGACUUCCAUUGUUCCAAGCUAGUGCUUUUGCAUUUCUCGCCCCAGCAAGAGCCAUCCUUUCACUGGAAAAGUGGAAAUGUAACGCAACAGCUGUUCCUGUAUUAAAUGGCACAGAGCUGCCACACACAGAAGACAUCUGGCACCCCAGGAUACGAGAGAUCCAGGGUGCCAUAAUAGUCUCGUCUCUGAUAGAGGUGGUCAUAGGGGCCUUAGGUUUGCCAGGUGUCCUGUUGAAGUACAUCGGGCCCCUCACCAUCACCCCUACUGUCACUCUCAUCGGUCUUUCAGGCUUCAGGGCUGCUGGAGAGAGGGCAGGCAAACACUGGGGCAUUGCCAUGCUAACCAUAUUCCUGGUGCUGCUGUUCUCUCAGUAUGCACGUAACAUCCAGUUGCCACUCCCCAUCUACAAAUCUAAAAAAGGCUGGACGUCUUAUCGUUUGCAGCUGUUCAAGAUGUUCCCAAUCAUCAUGGCUAUCCUUGUGUCAUGGUUUCUGUGUUUCGUCUUCACGGUGACUGACGUGUUUCCUCCUGAGAAGGACAAAUAUGGGUUCUACGCCCGUACAGAUGCUCGACAGGGCAUCCUGGCAGCUGCUCCCUGGUUUAAGAUACCCUACCCAUUCCAAUGGGGGUUGCCCACAGUGUCAGCAGCAGGGGUGAUUGGGAUGCUGAGUGCUGUGGUUGCCAGUAUCAUAGAGUCCAUCGGAGACUAUUACGCCUGUGCCCGUCUCUCCUGUGCCCCUCCUCCACCUGUACAUGCCAUUAACAGAGGGAUCUUUAUGGAGGGCAUUUCCUGUGUCCUCGAUGGUGUUUUUGGGACAGGAAAUGGCUCCACAUCUUCUAGCCCAAACAUCGGAGUGCUGGGAAUCACAAAAGUGGGCAGCAGGCGGGUUAUUCAGUAUGGUGCAGCACUGAUGCUACUACUAGGAAUGGUGGGAAAAUUCAGUGCUCUAUUCGCAUCAUUGCCGGACCCAGUUCUGGGAGCGCUGUUCUGCACAUUAUUCGGCAUGAUCACUGCUGUUGGCCUUUCCAACCUGCAGUUUGUGGAUCUCAACUCGUCCCGCAACCUGUUUGUCCUUGGCUUCUCCAUCUUCUUCGGCCUGGUCCUGCCUAGCUACCUCAAAGAAAACCCCCUAGUCACUGGUAUCGUGCAGAUAGAUCAGGUGCUGAACGUUCUGCUUACAACUGCCAUGUUUGUAGGAGGUUCUGUGGCGUUUGUGCUGGAUAAUACUAUUCCUGGAACCCCGGAGGAAAGGGGCAUCCGUAAGAUGAAUCGUGGAAACAGCGCAUCUAAACGGGAGAGAAUGGAGUCUUACGACCUUCCGUUUGGUAUGGAUUUCCUGCGGCGCCAUCGCAUUUUCCAGUACCUCCCAAUCAGCCCCACUUUCGCUGGCUACCAAUGGAGCAUCUUCACCCAUGGCUGCCAUGAACGCCAUGCCAGGAGAGAGGACGAAAUGCCAACAAAGCCAGAACUGGGAGAAAGUGGGGUAUAGUGUUUAGCACUGGUAGGUUUUUAGAUGGCUUCAUUCCACCCAGUCAGUGAAAUCUGCAGUCCAGUCCCUUAAUAAACAGCUGGCUAUAAACUCUUUUCAUCCCACAAUCCUUUAAAAACGCAAUCCUUUUUGAUCCACUCAUCAAAUUGGUCAUCAACACUAAAGUUGGUUUCUAUAUGUUAAUAUGGCUGCUAAAAACUGGCAGCGCAGCAGCUCGGGAGCUGAUCUGAAGGUGUCUCCAUGACAACAGCAAGUGGAUGCAAUGCAGGAUGUACUUGUUCAUCUCUUUCUGUGUGGGAGGAUAUGACAACAGAGACUUGAUAGAUGGAAAAUCACUUUAUAAAACCUACCGAAUUUCCAAUAUCAGUGUUCCUUUUUUUGGCUGACCUAAACCGCUCCGUCUGCACAAAGCAUCAGUAUGUAGAUAACUGGAUGUGUUUGAAAAAUAAAUGAUGUACUAAUGAGUGCCUGCGUGCACACGGUGGCCACUGUCACACACCUUCACAUUUACAACACACACGAACAUGUCCAUAUUCGCUUUAUGCAUGACACAGUUCUGAAUCCCGUUAAAGCGAGUGGUUCGUUAAGGUUUACUUAGUGAUGCAAGGUUAUUGUGCUUUAUGUUUGAAUUGCACUGCUUAAAUUAACGCACAAAAUGUAGUUUGCUUGUUCCUAAUUUAACUUCCAGUGUCCGAGUCUUGCUUCCAAACGCGCAAGUACUUAAAUUGAAAUGAAAUUUAAGUCCCAAUGCCUUAAAUGUAAGGAAAAUGAUUCAGUCAUACAAAUUUGUUUUAGCCAUGUCGUUUAUGUCGUUAGUUAGCUGCUGUUUUGAUAAAUAGUUAAUGUUGAAGGGGGCGUUUCUUAUCACCAGUUAUAAGUACUGUUUUUUGCAACCUCGAAAUUGUAGUGAUUGCAAGUUUCAGAGGCGUACACUAGCUAUGCAGUAGGUAAAAUGACACGAAAGACGAAUGUAUCAGUGCAUGGUUUGCUUAAGAAGGAAGACUGGAAGGGAAAAACUUGAUGGUUGCACUCAGGCAGUCCCAUUGGAAAAAUGGUGGGGAAAACAUUUUUUGUCAGAAUCUAUUGAGCCCUCCUUUGGGCGCCACUUUUUUGGUCUGUCAUUUGUUUGACUUGUUCACUGCUGUACAAGUGAAUGUGGUUUGUAAUGUAGAUCCCACAAGCACUGCAGAUGUGGUUGUUUUUGGGCACAGAAAGGAAGGGUGGCGAGGGGCAUUUAUUUGGCAUUAUCUAUUGACAGGCAACUGUAUAGAUCCUAUUGAAGGGUUAGUCCACCAAAAAAUGAAAAUUCUUCAAGUCGUCAUUUACUCAUCCUCAUUAUUUCUCACAAAAGAAGAUAUUUUGACUAAUGUCGGUAACCAAACAGUUGAUGGACCAACCCAACCUGUUUGGAACAACUUGAGGUUGAGCAAAUGAUAACAGAAUUUUCAUUUUUGGGUAAACUAUCCCUUUAAGGCCAAUUCACCACUGCACCGACAGACACGACCAAUGACAUGACACAUCGGCGGCUUUUGACGGAUCCGUGCGUUACCCCAUUGAACGUCUUUGUUGAGUCAUGGAAUGUUUGAAAAGUGACGUAUUCUGCUGAUUGUCCACGUUGGUCGCCGUUUGUCAAAUUGGCCUUUUAUACCGUAUUAUCACAGUAAUUGCUAUUCAUUACUAUUUAGCUGUAACUAUAACGUUUAUGUUUCUCAUUUUUGGUUUACAGACAUUUUUAUAAUCUUUACAGUAACAUAUAGCCUACAAUACAAAAAAAAUCUUUAAAUGUACACUAUCAGUUAUUGUCACACGAUUGAAACCCAUUUUUGAGCAUCUGCAAUUUCACUCUGUCAUUGGAGACUCUGAUGUCGCGACUGUUGAAAGAGCCUUACUUGAUUUAAUAGUGUGCAGUUGUGCUUUCACCUCUGUGAUAACCUCACUUAGAGCUCCAUCUGAUGGUUGUAUCUGUAUCAGAGGCUUGCCAUCUCAUACUGUAUCUACUUCAGAUGCAGAGUUUCUUUUGCUGGUGUGUAAUUUAUUUAUUUAUAUGUACUGCGUCUACUAUCUACUUUAUCCUUUGCUGCCUGUAAGAUUGAAAGCAGGAAAUGGGAGAAAUAACUCUCCUUUCUAAAUGUUUGAUUUGAUCUGCUGAAGUUGUGCAUGUUGCAGCUGCUCGGCUUGGUGCAGAAAGAAAUUGCUGUUUUCUAUUACCACAGUCUGAAUAUUUACAACAUAACUGGUGCUUCCUCAGCGAUUCAUUCCAACUAACAUGUUAGUUUUCUCUCUCGGUCUCUCACUCUUGCUGAUCUGUAAUACAGCCUUCUGAUCUGGUGUUGGUUUGUUAGAUUUUCUUUUGUAAUUGUUUUGUUUUAACCCGAAAACCCUAAUUAUGCAAGGACCAUUUCACUUGGUAACAAUGUUACAACUGUUACUUUGUUUUCAGCCUUAUGUUUUUUUUUUAAAGUUCUGUGCAUUAUCACAGGAAAGAACCAAUCACAGAGUGUUUUAACUUGUUUGAGGUUGUUUAAGUGACAGUAUUUGGGACCUAAAAGCCAGAUCUGAGUGCUUUAUAAAAGGCGAUAAUAAAUUACAUAUUGUUUAGUGAACACUUGGAACUGCAGUAAUUGAGUAGAAUAAGAUUUACAAUCCAAAUCACUAAUGUCAAAACAUAAAACAUACUGUAUGUCAUAGGGAAUCCAUUACUAUAGCACUUUUUUUUUUGUUCCUAAAAGAUUUUAUUUUAAAUCAUUUAGCACUCUGAAGUGUGGUGUAAAGAUUGUCUGAGAAUCCAAAGUAAAUGCAACUGAGAAAGUGUGCAGUUUGCCUCUAAAGACCCUUUCGUUCACACCGAUAGUGCUUGCAGUGGUGUCAGUCCUCAUCUCCCAACUCUUUAAUCCUUAAAUAGUUUAUUGUAAUGUUAUUGAAAACAGAAAAUGACCACUUAUGAAGACCUUUUACAUCCUGUGCUGUUUAUUUAUCUGUUAAUCAUAAAGGUUUCUAUGGCAGUGACAUACAUACUUAUUUGUCCAGUGAUGAGGAUUAUAUAUAUAUAUAUAUAAGUUGAUUUUAAAAGAAUUUUAACAUCUGUCUUUGGCCAAUAUUCACAUUAUUAUUAUUAGCACUUAAUAUUGAUGCUAUAUGGUUUUGAUAUGAGAAUAUUUUGGUAACACAAGCAGUUGUGAUGAAUCCCAGUAUCCACUGAGAUUUAAAGGUUGUAAUGGGUCUUAAUAACAUGGUUGCAUGUGAUUAGAAGAAAAAUAACCCUUCAAUUAUUUUGAAGGGGAUAUAUCUGAAGAAUAUAUUUGGUCUAUAUCAAUAGUAAUAUCUUUUUAAUGUUUUAUUGUUUUUUUAUACAUCAUUUUGUUUUUACAGACAAAAAAAUAAAAGAUGUUUGGAAAAAAAUGCAUUUAAUCUUAAAUCAUCAUGCUGCAAAGCGCACCAUUUUGUUACAUUAUUAUUUAAGAGUAAAACAAAUUCUUCUUUGUUGUUGUUUUUUUGUUUUUAAAUCUGUAGUUUGAUUGAAUAUUUUUGUUAACUAGACUGUUUUCAUAUUGUAUUUUUCUAACAUUACUUCCUGUUCAUGUUAAUAGAUUUAGAAAGAGGUGCAAUGCUUUGAGACUAUUAUAAAUAUAAGAAUAUAUAUAUUAAGUGCAGAAUGUGCUCUAUUCUUGGACCAGCCAUUGCAACUCCUGUUAGUAGAAACAGCAGAAAUUGUUUUGUUCCAUCUUCCUAAAGAUAUUUAAUAAGAUGUUUCUGAACAAAUCAUAAUGUCUUUUGUCUUUUUUGUUAUUUGAGUGUAUUUGUUUGUGUAUAAUGUGUGGUUAUGUGUGUAAAAAAAAAAAAAAGAAAGAAAAAAGGAACUAUUAAUAUUGUUAAAGUUGUGAUUGCACAAUUAAUCAUUAAAAGAUCGCAAUCUCAAUUCAAACACCCACACAAUCUUAUUCCCAAGUAACAAUGAAUCAGCUUUGUCUUUUAAAUCAUGAGAGCUGUUAUGUAAUAUUUUCAGCUACACAGUAUCAUUAUUUCUGUCUUUCAAUAAUUCAAAUUAUCACAGAAGUACUGGGAUAAAAAUUAAUAGUUUGGAUAAACACUGAUGUCUACAGGUACGAGCAGAGUCCCCUUCAAAUAACGAUUGUAUCAUUACAUUGUUACACCAGUAGGUGGCGACAAGUGACUGUUAAAAAAAUGUAUUUGUCAUUGAAUCACUGCUUCAAGAGAUUUGUUCAAAAACACUGAUUCAUCCAUAAUAAAACAAGUGAAGUAUU